AUUGUGCAAAGCAUUAACGGAGACAUCUAAUACUUAAUGAACUAUUUAUAACAAUUCUCGGUUUACACUUUUUUCGUUUCAAACAAUGCCUUUCCGUCGACAUGCCUAUGAUUUCAUGUUGGACGAUGGAUUAGACACUCGCAUACCUGUGUACAGUGAUGAAGUUUUUAAACAAGGCAUUCACUUCUGUGCUAAGGUACGUUAUUCUAUUUGUUUACAUUUAUUUAUGAAACCGAAUAAAGGUUAUUUUGAACUGACGUUAUUUUAAGUGACUCAAAAGAUUACGACUGAAUAUUUUCCAUCACUUUUCACCUGUAUUUAUUUAUUAGCAGUUAACUCAUCAUUUAAUUAAAAUGAGGUUAGCUAAUUUAUUAAGAAUCCUGGAAAACGUAGUUGCUUGUUAACUUGAUUCGUUUAUAAGAAAUCAUUCUAAAGCUUGUUUCGCUAACUUUCCAUCAUAAAUUAUGAUAUUUUGAAUGUGUCAUAUCAGUUUUUUAACGGAUUUUGAAGUUAUUGAAAUUAUGUUUCAUUUGCGCGAUUAAAUAAUAUUGAUUAUGGGUAUAGUUAUUUACAGUAGCCUUACAAAAAUGUAUUUUUGUUAGGUUGCACAGACACUGAACGUGUUUCUCAGGAAAUGUUUCUUGAAUGAGCAUUCAAACAGGUAAAGGUCACGUUAGUACAAACCUCAUAAUGGAAAACUCUGAUUAAGUAUAUUUUACGUAUCUACUUUAAUUUGAGCAUCUUUUUUCUCUACAACCUAUGGGUUUGAUCAUAAGUGAUGGUAACAUAAGAUGUGAAAAUGUUUUCAUAGCUGACAUAGUAUGCAAUAUUGACUUCAGUAACCAAUCAGUUAAGAUCUUUGGUGGGAGUUAAAGACGGGUCUAACUGAAAUAAUCAAGUUAUAGAGUCCAAAGUGAGAUUAACCAUAGCGCAUGUCUUGCUGAAGACAUUUAGACAGUUUAUUCUAUACUCACAUCACUUAAAUGUAGUUAGUGUUUGCUAUGGACUACUUUUAUCUUUUGCCGACGUUUUGGCAAAUGCAAAGAGUUUUCUUUCUUACCUCAAACAUUUAGUUUCUAGCCUACAGUGAUAAUGAGACGAGUAAAGAUGUUUCUGCCCACUGGGGCCUGUUACUUCAAAAAUUUGAUUUAAAAGGAAUAAAAUGAAAGCUUGCAAGUGUUAAUAACAAAGUUUUAAUUUUUUGUUUCCGUGAAAUAAACGUUUUUGUACUAUUUUAUCAUUCUGUUGGAUAUAAAAGAGAUCCUUUUAGGAAAGUGACAUUGUUCUAUGUCUUUCACGAAACUGACUCUGUAUUUUUUGGAUAUAUCUGUAUGAAAGAAAACUCGAAGGCGUAAGAAAAAAGCACUUUUAUAUGAACACUAAUCAGGAAUAAUACCUCCUAGUCGUCGGAAGACUUGGGGGAAUAGGACUGUAAUGAAAAACAGUAAGAUCAACUGCAUAUAAAUGAUAAUAUAGUACUAAUGUCCUUAAAAAUCAAAUAAAAAUGAAGUUAGACCGUGUUAAAUGGGUUAUGCAGAGAAUGGUGCGUAGUUUGCCUCCUGAUAUGUCCCAGCUGUCGAGCAAAAUAGAUGACUGUGAAAUGGUGGGGUGAGUCAGAUGUGGCUGGGACUAAAAAUACUGCUCAGUCAGGUUCAUGAACUUAGAGGGCUCUCUAGAAAUGAAGAAUAAUUGUUCCUGAAAAUCCUAAGUUAGUAGAUGAUGACUGAUAGGUUGUUCCUUUUCAUAAGCUUUCUACUUUGUUUUUCUCAUUGGCUGACUAAAAGAGUUACUUUCGAGGUCUCAAUAUCUUAGUAUAAUUCUAGUUCAAAACCAAGUGCGAAAAAUGAUUUUGUUAGAACAAAUCAUGGUGAUGUUGUUCGUUACUUUUCAGUCAUUUUGUUUGGUGAUAUUAUCUUAGGUCAGGUGAAUGAACAGGUGACCAUAUAAGAAACUGAACCAUGAUAGUUUGAAAAUUCACAUUGAGUUGUAAAACAAGAGUAGCUUCUCGACAAAUGUCAUAUGUUUCAUGAUCUUGUAGCAGUCAGCAGAGAAGAUCACAUGAUAGUAAUUAGGAAAGAAUAUAGCUGAUCACAAUAUAGGAUAUACUCAGUUGGUGAAACUUCAAUUUGCUUAUUAAUUGGGAGAAAUAGUCUCAUUUGUGUGCCAUAAAAGAUUGAACAGUGCUUCUUUUUCUGCACAAAUUCAACUGUAGGUGAAAAAUGUCUGUGGAAUGACCGAAUUUGAGGUGGUAUGGAGUGCAUAUUUGAUACUUACCUUUAGAAUUCUAAAGGUAUCUACUUUAUGUCUUAUAAGAAUGUGUUACAUAAUGAUUGUAUUAAUAACGGUAAUUAUACUUCUCAACUCAAAUUUUUAAAUUAUACUUCUAGACGAAAAAUUAGACAAGCAGGUUUUCUGAAACUAUCAUCUCUUCGCAUCUUCGAACUUAAGAAGUAAGACCUAUGCGCACUCUGAACUACUUAACUACUGGACGACGUAUGCAUUUACUGCCAGAUGAUCAGUCUGUGAACAACUGAUUCUAUCAACAAUAAUCCGUCUGUGACAAUAAGAAAUGGCUAUUUUUAUUGCUUCAGUGGUAUUACUUAUACUUUGAGAAAUAUGUUUUGCGUAAUGAGACCACAGAUGUUUUCUUGUAACAAAAAUAUGAAUAAAUGAUCUCAGAUUUCACUGGUUUCGGUAAAAUAAUUUGCUUUUUCUAAGAAAACUGUUUCAAAGAAGUAAUGGUUUCACUAGUUCUUUCUUUCUCAAAUAUGACCUCUCGAACAUAACCAUCGAACGUUUCUUACCAUUCGCUUCUCAUUUUGGCAGGCAAUUCAGUGGAAAAAUAUCUAACAAGCAUUAAGCCACAUACCUCUACUUUGGUUUAUAAACAAUUUUUCAAUACUAAGCCCUCGAUACGCCUUCAGAGAGCUGCGCUUUGAAAAUAAAACUUUUGCAUUACUUCAGUGUUACUUGUCUUGAAGUGACUAGAAACAGAACCUUGAGGACCAUGGUGUUUGGAAUAUAAUCUUACAUGACAGCUAGAUGGUAUUCGUGGAAGGCACUAAACGAAGAGGGAUGAUCGGUGAAUUCAUGUAGUUAUGCAAAGUAUUUUAAUGGAUAAAACAAAUUUCAGUAACUUCAAAGAAACUUCUGUCUAACUGUGAGUAUUAUUGAGUGACAUUCUUUUUAGAUUCCUAAUAACACAUAACUUUUUGCCCAACUUCGGUCGUUGAUAUUCUGAGUUCAUAGGAUCAGAAAAACACUUCCAUUCUGUAAUGGGCUUCAUUUUCAUUCAUCACACUAUUCCAGUGAUAUCGUCACCUUUGUCAUAUGGUGUAGUUUAAAAUAUCUUCAUACGUUCUACGUGUUUAUUAAUAAGCGUUUAGUGUGUAUUUAGUUGUUGUAUUGUGAGUGACGAAAACUGUUUUUCUCUGUCUAACAUUAGUAUAAGUACCCGUCUUUCAUUCGGCAGCUUUAACAAUGUUACAAUGAUUUUCCAAAAAACCAGCUUGGGACUUACAGGUGUACGUAAAGUUCUGUACAUGCAUUCAAGGCUUUUUCUAUUUUCAUUUUCAAACUAGUACAGAAUUCUUCGCAACAGUAAUAUAAUGUAAGGUGGGAAAUAUAACAAGGCUAGUUUGUUAUAAGAAACAAAACGCAUCAUGAAUGUUUGAAAUUAAAUUUAUUUCAAUAGGAAAACGAUAGACUGAAAAAAGAAGUAUAAUUAUUCCUUCGUCCAGAAAAAAUCAGUAAGAUCUUGUAAACCAAAACGGAAAGCCAAGAAUGAUAAACUUGAGGUUCUGUUUCAUGGUUCAGGCUAUAAAAGUGGAAAGACGGAAUAAUUUUAACGACUUUUCAACCAACUCAAACAAGUAUUCAAAUCCUAACCAACAUACAACCAGUUAUAAAGAAAAACGUUUGAAAGUUACAUUUACAAGGUCUGGAAGUCUAAUUAGUGGUUAGCAUAAUCCUUGGUUUCUAACCUAAAAGUCUUAAGAGUACAAGAACCAGAACUGUUAGACUGAUUAUAUUAAAAAUAAUACAGAUUGUUUUUGUCAACCUCUUAAAGGCUGUGAUUCUUAUGGAGGAAAUGAAGACUAGCACUCACUAACCACUGAAUUUAACUGAUACCGGCAAAUUUAGUUUUAAUAAUAAUCUGUUUUAAUAUUUUUCGUAUUUGAUAAUAUAACUGAAGAUGAUUUCAACAAUAGACUGCAUCGUGUGACAUAUUUUAAAUGGACCAUAUUAAUUAGUAUCUCAUGGAGGUGUAUCGUGCUGUUAUGGAAUUUAUUCCAAAUUGAUUUCCUAUGCAAAUGUUACAUUAUGGUGUGCGAUCGUAAAAUAUAUAUGUCUUCAUCAAUUUUUAUUGUCAUGACGAAAGAUUUCAAUGAGAAAAGAUUUAAAAAUUACGCCGUUAAUUGAUGAGUUUUAAAACUGUUUCUACACUAUUUGGGCGUCACUUCUAAUUAGUUUGUUUGAGUUGGUAACAACCAUCCUUGCAACAAACGAUAUGAUAAAGUAAUCUGUUUCACACAGAAUAAUGUCUACAUCCUAGGUGAUGCUUGUUACACAAUUCCUCAUAAAAACCAUUGAAAUGAUGGACGUUUUGCACUGAACUGAAAACGAUUAACUGCUUCAGUCGUGGGUAAAAAAGAAGUAAAUUCC